ACCGAGCAGGAAGUUAACGGUAGUUUCCAUUAGUGAGCUACACGGAGAGAAGUGAUCCAGGCUUUGUCUGCUGAGCUUCACCUGUUUACAUCUCCUGUACAUUCCACACAUCUCACUGUUUCAACUAAAGUGCUGUCUGCGUGAAAACUAAAAAUGUCUCUUUAUCCAUCUCUGGAGGACCUGAAAGUGGACAAGGUCAUGAGGGCACAGUCCCAAUUUGCCCAGUCUGCCUCUACUGCUCCUGCAAUUACUGAGGGCGCCUACCAGCCUGCCACGCCAAACAUGCCAAGCUCAAGUCUGUACCCAAACUUGGAGGAGUUAGGAGAGUACAUGGGCCUGCGCCUCAACAGUGAUGAGGUGCAGAGGAACUUGGCACUUGUCCCAGCUGCAAAUAACGUAAGUCAGGUGGCAGUGCCAUCCGGUGCUGGGGGCAUGGUGCGCCCAGUAACAGGUGCUGACGUGGGCAUCAGAAGGGCUGAAAUUCGCCCAGGUCUUAGGGAGCUCGUACUCUGUAAGGACCAAGAUGGCAAGGUCGGCUUGCGGCUGAGAGACAUAGAUAAUGGUGUGUUCAUUCAGCUGGUGCAGGCCAACUCGCCCGCUUCUCUGGCUGGUCUGCGUUUUGGAGAUCAGGUGCUGCAGAUCAACGGGCAGAACUGUGCUGGAUGGAGCACAGAUAAAGCCCAUAAAGUUCUGAAGGCCGCACCUGAACAACGUAUUGAGCUUGUGGUUCGUGACAGACCCUUCCAGCGCACAAUCACCAUGCACAAAGACAGCUCUGGCCACGUUGGCUUCAUCUACAAGUCUGGCCGUAUCACCGAUAUUGUGAAGGAUAGCUCUGCUGCCCGCAAUGGCCUCCUCACCGAGCACUACGUCUGUGAGAUCAAUGGGCAAAACGUCAUCGGUCUUAAGGACCCUCAGAUCAGAGACAUUCUGACAUCAUCUCCCACUACCAUGACCAUCACCAUUAUGCCCAAGAUCAUCUACGAGCACAUGAUCAAAAGGAUGGCCAGUGGCGUGCUGAGGUCUCUUAUGGACCACUCCGUGCCUGAGGUUUAGGCCUUUGUGACACUUUCAGAACACCUACAGUCUCUACCAACCCUCCUAGCACACAGCACGUCUGUGUUAGAUAUAACCCUCUCCCCAAUCAUAUACAUUUCUAUCACAUAAACUGCCUUUUUCUACUCAA